GGUCUAUUUAUAUGGGGGAAGUGUCUUUUCCCAACCAGUUGAAGAAAGAAAAAGGUUAGUUGCCUUCUCAAAUCUUAUUACCCAAGAGUGAAAAUGAGGGAAAUCGUGCAUCUUCAAGCCGGACAGUGCGGAAACCAGAUUGGAGCCAAGUUCUGGGAAGUUAUCAGUGAUGAACAUGGUAUUGAUCCCACCGGCACAUAUCAUGGUGACAGCGACCUCCAGCUCGACAGGAUCAACGUCUAUUACAAUGAGGCAUCAGGAGGCAAAUACGUGCCCCGUGCUGUGUUGGUGGAUUUGGAGCCGGGAACCAUGGACUCCGUGAGGUCGGGACCCUUCGGCCAGGUCUUCAGGCCAGACAACUUUGUUUUUGGUCAGAGUGGUGCUGGAAACAACUGGGCUAAAGGCCACUACACGGAGGGGGCGGAGCUGGUGGACUCGGUCCUGGACGUGGUUCGUAAAGAAGCCGAAAGCUGCGAUUGCCUGCAGGGCUUCCAGCUCACACACUCUUUGGGAGGAGGAACCGGCUCCGGCAUGGGGACGCUCCUCAUCAGCAAGAUCCGCGAGGAGUAUCCCGACCGCAUCAUGAACACCUUCAGCGUGGUGCCCUCGCCUAAAGUGUCCGACACCGUGGUGGAGCCCUACAACGCCACACUCUCUGUGCAUCAACUGGUUGAGAACACAGACGAGACCUAUUGUAUCGACAACGAAGCGCUGUACGACAUCUGCUUCCGCACGCUUAAACUCACCACUCCUUCGUACGGCGAUCUGAACCAUCUCGUAUCCGCUACUAUGAGCGGCGUCACCACUUGCCUGCGUUUCCCCGGCCAGCUAAACGCUGAUCUGCGCAAGCUAGCCGUAAACAUGGUGCCUUUCCCUCGCCUCCACUUCUUCAUGCCUGGCUUCGCUCCUCUCACCAGCAGGGGGAGCCAACAGUACCGUUCCCUAACCGUACCAGAGCUCACUCAGCAAAUGUUCGACGCCAAGAACAUGAUGGCGGCUUGCGACCCGCGCCACGGACGCUACCUCACAGUCGCCGCCAUCUUCCGUGGCCGCAUGUCCAUGAAGGAGGUCGACGAGCAGAUGCUCAACGUUCAGAACAAGAACAGCAGCUACUUCGUCGAGUGGAUCCCAAACAACGUCAAAACCGCCGUUUGCGACAUCCCGCCGCGCGGGCUCAAAAUGGCCGCCACCUUCAUCGGGAACAGCACUGCCAUCCAGGAGCUCUUCAAGCGCAUUUCCGAGCAGUUCACCGCCAUGUUCCGGCGCAAAGCUUUCCUCCACUGGUACACAGGAGAAGGCAUGGAUGAGAUGGAGUUCACCGAGGCCGAGAGCAACAUGAACGACCUGGUGUCCGAGUAUCAGCAGUAUCAGGACGCCACCGCGGAAGAGGAGGGCGAGUUUGAGGAGGAGGGAGAGGAAGAGCUGGCUUAGAUCUCUCUUAAUAUACGUGUCGUUUUCCAAGCUGUAUCAUUUCGC